CAACCACUGACAGGAUCAACGUGUAUGAUAUCACUUGUCACUUGUUGUUACCUCUUGUCCACUGUGGUAGUGCUCAGCUUGCAGUAAGUGAAGAAACUCCAGAAAGGAUGGUCUGAUUUUGGUCUGGCAAACUAUGGCUGCACUUAUCUGUUAUCUCAACAAAACUAUGGUUUCUAAACAUCGAAAAAUCUCCAAACACUGACCUGUAGAAGAUACUUGCCCACCUGUCCAAGUCUCAUACGGUUGGGGACUUGGGUACCACAGGGUAAUGAAUGGCAAGAAUAUUUGGCAGAUCAAUGAGGAGAGUAAAAUGUUUACUUCUCUGUGUUUUACUGACAAUUCUUGUCUGCCUCUAUUUGGCGUUUACUCCACUACAAGACACAGCUAGAGAUGAAGCCAGAAAUGUUCAUUCCAGUGUCCAUGACAAAGCUGCAACUUACGGGGAAGAGCUACCUGACAAGGGAGAUAACCCUACAUGGGGACGUCACAAGCUAGCGGUCAUUAUACCAUUCAGAGAUAGACUUGAGGAAUUGCUUGAGUUUGCUCCUCUUCUUCAUGAAUUUCUUGCCAAGAAAAAAGUUCGUCAUAGGAUAUUUGUCAUCAAUCAGAUUGAUAAUUUUAGAUUUAACCGUGCUUCCCUUAUCAAUGUUGGGUUUUUGGAGUCGGCCAAUGACACUGAUUACAUUGCCAUGCAUGAUGUUGACCUUGUACCUCUGAACUUUGACCUGGAUUAUGGUUACCCGAAGGAAGGACCUUUCCAUGUAGCCGCCCCUGAGCUUCACCCUCUGUAUCAUUACCCCACAUUUGUGGGUGGUAUUCUGCUUCUUACAAGGGACCAGUUUUUAAAGGUGGAUGGAAUGUCAAACAAGUACUGGGGGUGGGGCAGAGAAGACGAUGAGUUUUUUGUCCGCAUGAAGCAGGCCAAGUUGACAGUGUAUAGACCAGAGGGCAUCACCACCGGUAAGAAGACAUUUCACCACAUCCAUGACCGACGUAAGAGGUCCAGAGACAACAAGCGUUAUUUCAAUCAAAAAGAGAUUACCAGACGGCGUGACAGAGAGACAGGGGUGAACACUGUACAAUACAAGGUACAGAGCCUAAAGAAACUGACGAUAGACGGGGCUCCUCUGACAAUAAUGAAUAUCAUGCUUAGCUGUGAUUUAACUGUCACACCUUGGUGUUUAAAACCUGAAGAUCAUGCCAAAUACUUGGACAGUAAAGGGAAAGUAUUGCCAGAUAACUAAUUAUAUGAACAGGAUUUUUUUGUCUCAUUUCCCUUUUUUUUUGGUUUUAAUGAUUGACAUAUUUUUGCAUAUAGCCAUUGGUUCCAGGCCUGCUUGGUGUAUGUAAUUGUUACAUAAAAAAUUUGGUUCCAUACAACAUGUAUGUUUCAUUCCCCUACCCCUUUGGUAACUGGCCUGUACGUAGUACACAAGAGCUUACGUGAUAUCAGUGAUAUAGAGGUACAUGUAGGUGUACAUUUAGUACAGCGAAUGUUUAUUCUUUGUUAACAUUUUAUUUGUUUAUUUAUUUGAUUGGUGUUUUACGCCAUACUCAAGAAUAUUUCACUUACAUAAUGGCAGCCAGCAUUAUGGUGGGAGAAAACCGACAACGAUUUUCUCCGGGGGAAACCCAUGACGAUUCACAGGUUGCUAGCAGACCUUCCCACGUACGGCCGGAGAGAAAGCCAGCGUGGGCUGGACUUGAACUCACAGAGACUGGAUUGGUGAGAGGCUCCUGGGUAUUUACACUAUGCUGGCAUGCUAACCAACUCGACCACAGGGGCUCCCCAUGAAGACUUCAUGAAAUAUUUUCUUGGGAAUUCUCCUUCCUCCAUUGUUCUCACUACAUUUCAUAGGGCCAUUUCAGCUUACAUUAUGUUCAUUCGACAUCACUGGACAUCCACGAUUAUGGAUUGCUAUCACUCUGUCACAAUUGGGAAGUUAUUUGCCAGAGGUUGGCAGUUUAUUCUGGGCACUCUGGUUUCCUUCACCCUUAAAACUUGACAUGGCUGACUGCUGUUGUAUUGGUGAAAUUUUCUUGAAUGGGCACCAAUCAGUCAAUCAUCAUUUUACAGGAAAUGACUGGCUAGAAACUGGCUAGAACCCAGCUCAGCCAUUCCAUCUAGUCAAGAUCCAGAUAAUCUUUGUUAUUAUCUUUAAAUUAAUUACAGUUUCACGGCACACUCAAGAAUUUUUUGCUUACAAGAUGGCAGUCAGUCUUAAGGAAAGGGUGCCCAGGUACACCACCGACCUUUGCCAACUAUCAAACUUUCCAAACAAAUUGACAACUGCUUAUUUUGUAUUCUGCAAAACUACGUGGUCACAAUUCUUCACUGUGGUGUGACAUUGUAAAGGUUAUAAACAAUUUCCCACCUCUAGUUCUUUAUGAAAUGUAUUUGUAAUUUACUUUCUAUGAUCUAUUUCUGUGAUUUUGAUCGAGGACUACCAUAUGAAAGAUCGAUGCCAUAGUAUUACAUGUAGCAAGGCUGAAGGUGAUGGUCAACACCUUUCAGCUCUUAAACUUACAGUUGUUAGUACAUGUAUUAUAAUUAUAAUGUGAAACAAGUACAUGUAUGUACUUCCUCACGGGAGUAAGUUUAUAACUGGAUUUUAAUCUUACGACCUACAGAGUAAUUUUAUCUUGGGUUGUUUAGUCAAGACUCCUUGAGACUCGUUAAGGUCAUGAAGGUCGGACUGGGGGUGCUUAUAGCAGGUUUCAUACAAUCUUGAAAACUUUGAAAAGCUUGGAAAUAGAAAGGAAGUAGAAAAGUCAUUUACUUAGCUAUUAUCUAGCUGAACUAAUAAGGUCAUGGUACAUU